AUGCCACCACCGAGUACUACAAAAUCUACACCAAAACCCGCUCACAAAGUUGCUUUACAACCUGGUUACGGUCCUUUGGAUUGGGCAAAGUUGAAAUCAUCUCAAGAGGAUCUUAGACAAGUUGAAUGGCAGCACCCAGUACCUAUUUCACCAAAGAUGAUGUCCCUACAUCGUGGUAAAGCUAAUAGCGUCGAUGAUGAAAUUUGGUGCAGCUUCAAUGGCAAAGUCUAUAACGUUACCCGUUAUUUGCCUUUUCAUCCAGGUGGCGAGAAGGAAGUACUUAGAGUAGCAGGUAGAGACGGUACGGAUUUAUUCAUGAAAACGCACGCUUGGGUUAACUUGGAUUACAUGCUUGAUGAAUGCUUAAUUGGAUUUCUAGUGCCAAAUGGCAGGGGUGUACAAGAUGCAUUAAUAGACGAUGAUUAG